AUGGCGCGUCACGAAGGCAAUGGCGGCACCUCGUCGUCCACCGGCGAUCUCUUGCCCAGCGCCCACGCGCCCUCAUCCCGCUCCUCGUCCAACCUCGCCCUCCCGCCUCGCCCGCUCAAAUCCACCGCCACGCCCCUAUCGCGGUCCCAGCCCGAAUCUCCCCGCUCGCAGCAGAGCGAGGCCGGGUCACCGCCCGCGGUCGCAGCUUCCCCGGCGGCCGCGCAGUCCCGGGUCACAUCGCCGCCACAGCGGUUGGCCUCUUCCCCGGUGGUGCCGCGUAAAUCGUUCGAUGAACCGGCAUCGUCCCGCCCGUCACUGUUCGACCUUGGCCUCGUGACCCCGCGAUCUCCCGGCGCACCGGGUCGUAUCCGGGUGCGCCCUGAAGACGGCCGUAUCCUCCCGCAGCGCAACAGGCGCGCCAGUUUAGACAAGGCACUCGAGCGAAGUGACAGCAAGACCUGUCUGGAGUGCCUGCAGCAAUUUGCGGAGCUCUCGCCGAGCGAGUACGGCAAGGGGCAAUGUCCCAGGUGCGAGAUUCAGAGAAAGCGGAGCAGCAGCACGGCGGUCCAAGCGCCGAUCGUGCUCGAGAGCGCCGACGACUACGAUCUGUGGAUCGAGCAAGACAAGCUGGCCAAGUUGCAAUGGCCCAAGAACGCUGUGGAAGAGGAGGGCUUGGUGCGCGAAUGUGGCUACCCCCGAGAGCUGGGGUCCCGCGAAGCGGGCUUGCAGGAUGUGGAGUAUCGUCACAUCGAGCGUGCAGCCCCCUACUACAAGCAGUUCCUCCACGCCCAAGAGCACGAGAACUACUUGGUGGGGCUCGAGGAGAGCAAGGAGCCCGGUAUCCUCUCGGUAGAGACCACUUCCAGCAAGCGAGUGGGCAAGCAGUUCGUGUACAGAGCGCUUUUGCGAACCGCUCGGGGAGACGAGCGCUUUCUGGUGCAGGGGUCGAAGAACGGCAAGAAGAAGCCCAAGGUCUCCCACAUCCGCCGCUCUCACGAUGCCCUCAAGCGAGAGAACGUGCCUCUGGUGCAAGUCUCCGACAAGGCCAUCGCUAACGAUCUGGCACACUUCGAAGACAGGAUGCGGAACAAGCGGUUUAAGAUUGGUGUACUCUACGCCCGGCCUGGACAGACCACCGAGGACGAGAUCUACGGCAAUGAAACCGGAAGCAAGGCCUUUGACGACUUCCUACUCCUCCUCGGUGAAAAGGUGGAGCUCAAAAGCCACACCAAGUUCGCCGGUGGUUUGCAAACCAAAGAGGGUGCGGCGACGGGCAGGCAUAGCAUCUACACCGAGUUUCAGGGAUUGGAGAUUAUGUUCCACGUUGCCACCUACAUCCCUUUCACCCCGGAGGAUCGGCAGCAGGUGGAGCGAAAGCGACACAUCGGAAACGACAUCGUCGUCAUUGUCUUUAGAGAUGGAACGGACGGCAAUGAUGGCUUCAGCGCGGCGAACAUAUCGUCGCACUUCAACCACACAUUCGUGGUGGUCGAACCGGUGCAGGGCUCAUCUCCUCUCGCCUACAAGUACUUCCCGCUGAUCAAUGCGGAGAUCUCUUCCCUUCACUCGCCUGAGUUCCUCUCGGUCCUUCGACGCACCAGACGGGAGCUGCUCCGCGAGAUCGUUGGGCGAUAUGAUGCCAAGCUGCUUAAGGUGGCUGUGUGA